UUGCCAGUGCCAGAGACAAAUUAUAAACUCGAGUGAAUUAUCUGAGGUUGAAAAACUGUUCUGUAAGUAAACUUGAAAAUAACAUAGUUUUAAGGGGUGUGGUUCAGUGGUAAGUUCAAAUAAAAAAGAAAUAGAAUAUAUUUGAGUAGUUCAUAUAUAAUAUUUUACUAGUUUCAAUAUAUGCAAAUUCAUGCAAUUAUCUAUUAACCAAAGACCACUUCCUCAAAGGUUAGUACUUAAAGCAGAUUUCAGCUUAACAGUUUCAGACCAGGAUCGAAACCUCGCAUGCUACAGAAGUGACUUUAAGACUUGUCCUGAGCUCACUUUAAGCAGGCAGUAUGCUUAAAUCUGGGUUAGUGUUAUUCCUUCUGCUGGCCUCUGCAGUAAGCCAUCCUCUGGAUUCCUUUUCUCUGGACGCAUCAUGGGAAAAUUGGAAAACAACCCACAAGAAGGAAUACAAUGACCUGGGUGAGGAGGCUAUUCGCAGGGAUAUCUGGGAGAAGAACAUGAGGUUGAUUGAGAGCCAUAAUCAAGAGUAUGAACUGGGCCUACACACCUAUGAACUAGGCAUGAACCACCUUGGAGACAUGACAUCAGAGGAAGUAGCUCAAAAGUUGCUGGGUCUCCAGGUUCCUGUGGACAAUGAUCCCAUGAAUACCUUUUCACCUGACCCACUGAAUAAACUGCCCAACUCUAUUGAUUACCGCAACUUUGGUUAUGUUACCCCUGUAAGGAACCAGGGCUCAUGUGGCUCCUGCUGGGCCUUCAGCUCAGUUGGUGCUUUGGAGGGUCAGCUAAAGAAGACCACAGGCAAACUGGUAAACCUCAGCCCUCAGAACCUGGUGGAUUGUGUCAUUGAGAAUUAUGGCUGUGAUGGGGGAUGGAUGGCUACUGCUUUUCGCUAUGUAAGAGACAAUGGAGGUAUUGAUUCUGAGGAGGCUUAUCCCUAUGUGGGACAGGAGCAACGGUGUGCAUAUAAUAAAUCUGGGAAAGCAGCACAGUGCCAAGGAUUUGAGGAAGUAAAAAAAGGUAGUGAGGAUGCACUGGCAUCUGCUCUUGUUAAAGUUGGCCCAGUUUCUGUUAGCAUUGAUGCUGGACAGUCGACAUUCCAAUUUUACAAGAGUGGUGUAUAUUUUGACCCCAACUGUCACAAAGAAAAGGUCAACCAUGCCGUGCUGGCGGUGGGAUAUGAUGUCACAACUCAUGGUGAAAAGUACUGGAUUAUCAAAAACAGCUGGGGUGAGAAGUGGGGAACGAAAGGUUACAUCUGGAUGGCCCGUGACCACAAUAAUGCAUGUGGAAUUGCAAACUAUGCCAUUUACCCUCUCAUGUAAAACUGUUUGGGCAUGUUUUCCUAAAGUAUAAGCGGCUGAGCCAUACUUCUUAACUCAUAAAAACUUUUUCUGCCUUUCAGUGCAUUGUUGAAAAAUAUAAAA